AUGGAUCGUACGCCGACAUCGUUUCCAUCUUCUCCUGUUGCCUACUCAUCUCCUUUGCAUGCAGUUCCUUUCGAUAGAUACGACUUCCAAUCAUUAUCCGGCCUGGGACUUUCCAAUUGCGAUACUGGAUCCCCCUCCGAUCAGAUUAGACUGUACCCCUGUCCAGAGCAGUACGCGCUGUCAACAAGCAAUUGGUCCGACCCGAUAACGCGUUCGCCCAAUUUCCUCGAAACCCCACCGGACGUCAGUCACUUCCCACACUACGAGCAAUUUGGUAGCCGUGCAGAUGUUUCCGUCUCGCCCAGUUACAGCCCAGUCAUGGAUUUCCGUGUAAUGCAUGAGGAUAUCUCUCGCUUCUGGCCUAACACUCCUCCUUCGGAGACGGCCAUGGUUUCCGAAGGAUGGACCAAUGUCAAGGAGCAGCCGGAAGAGAUCUGGGAUGCAUCCCUGGUAGAUGGCGCCAACAACCCUACGAUGUCUACUAUGCCACAACUGCCCCGGCUACAAAUCAACACCACCUUUAUCCAUCCCCAGCGACCAGAUGAGACCCAGACUGAACUAGAUGCGAGUCGUGAGGUUCCUGCUGAAACUAUCUCGAAAUGGAUUGAGGAUGUCAAUGGGUCGCCUCAUGGCGAGCAGCUCAAGAUACCAUCGGCCAGCGGUCUUGAAUGUACAACGUGUGGCCUUCGCUUUACGCGACGCUCUAACUGUCGGGAGCACAUGAAAAGCCACGACCCUACCUACAUCCAUAAAGGAAUCCGAAAAUACGGCUGCGAGAAAUGUGGUCGACGCUACAGCCGGCAGGACACCCUUUCGAGACACCUGUUGGAUGGCUGUGAUGGAAGAACCCGAAAAUCUCGAGCCCCACGAAGGGACCUCUAG